AGUUAGUUCCUCUGAAUGACACCACUCCUUAAUAUAUCAACAUUUUACCGAUUGAGUCACUUUUAUUCACGGUGCAUUUCUGUUAUUGAGACCAUUUGACAUUUAGCGUGUUUUGAGAUGUUUUUUUGACAGUAUGUAACUUGCAAGUGUAACUGAUUUUUCCGCGGAGGGAUCUAUGCUAAAGCACUGUCCGCUGUGGAGGGUAAUUUGAAACCCAAUCUAGUACGGACUACUUUUCAACGUUUGAUUUUUACAUGAGCAAGAGUUUAGAUUUUUGUUAGAUUUGACGCUUUUUUAAUGUAUUACUAAAAGGAGACACACUUUUUACACUCGAGUUGUAUGAUGGCUGCCGUGGAUGUGAACGCUGCUGGCACUGAGGAAGAUCAGAAAGAAGAAAUGCUUACCCCAUCAACAGAUGCAUUAUCUGAAAUCACAAAUGGAAACUCAGCCCCCCUGAAUUUCUCUGAGCUCACUCCUCACCAGUUUGGCAUUUCUGUCCAGAGUUUUACUCCAGCAUCGUUGUCAAACCGCAAAGAUAGGUCUCGUCUAGCACAAAUAAAGGCAAGACGGAGAUCAAGCGUUGGUGUCCGUGGUUCCCCAGAGACAAACUCCCUCAUCCGUUUCAUGGCACAACAGAGGAUGAAGACUCCCCCAAACCUAAAAACUCCAGAGCUUGUCAGGAGUAGCCCUUUCCUUCCCCGGGUCGCCUCCACACUGAAACAGAAGAUGGCCACUUUCCAGAACCUGAUGGAUGUGGAGGAGAGUGAGGGCUGUGAUCCGACACCAAAGCAGGACAGCAACACUGGAGGAUGCAUCAAGACAAGAGAUUAUCUGUCUGAUGGGAACAGGCGUGAUGGAGAGAAAGAGAACCACCCACCUAUGGUGACACCCAACAAGAGGAGGCGCCUGGGCCCCCUAGAAAGCUGUGAGGUGGAGAUUAGAGAGGCCAGUGCUCCUAUCCUCCACUUCAGUUUGAAGGAGCGUGAGGAGGAAGAAAAACAAGAGACGCAGGUUGUGACAGAAGGACCAUUGACGGACAGUGGGACAGAGGAAGAGAGAGAAGCUUUGUGUGUAUCCCCAGCUCUUCAUGUUAACGCUGGGCUUCAACCUGGUUCCGAUGCCAAGACCCAACAGGACGUUAUCUUUGAACUUCAAAGCCCCUGCCAUCCACCACCUGAUGAUCCUGCAGUCGCUUCACCAGCCAGGCCGGCAUCCUCCCUCCGCAUCUCUUCUCUCCCUUCUCUGCUGGAGAUGAAGCCCACAGGAGAGGGCGACUCUUCUGCAAAGUCCAUCAUCAAAAAGAAAAAGAGGGUUCACUUUGGAGGUCCUCUUUCUCCUGAGUUCUUUGAUAAGAACCUUCCUCCCAGCACCCCGCUACAGAAAGGGGGCACGCCAGCUCGAGCACAAACACCAGGCGGUAGUUUACAGCUGCGCUCCUUGCUGAAGACACCACAAGGAUGUGAAUCCCAAACACAAAGAGCUCAGCCAGACCUCAGCAGCCCCACCGUGUUCGGAGCCUCACCUACACUUGCAAUACCCCGCAACCGCAGAACACCGACUGUGGGGGAUGACAGUGAAGACAACGAUGGAAAGAUUGUUUUCCCUUCAAUGGAUGAGAUUGACUCUGCAGUGAUAAAUGAUACAGAGGGUUCAUGGGACAUUCAGCCAAUGAAUUUAGACAAUGCCUUCCAUGAGGAGUGUCUUCCUCAGAUACUAACAGAGUCUGAUCUCAGCACAGCCUCACAGCUGGGUGCCUCAGAUGAGCCCUCAUCUCUGCCAGAGGAACAGCAACUGGAAGCAGAUGUUCAAGCUAUUGAAUCAAAAAGCAGAAAGAGAAAGCAGUCUGGACCGAAGUGUGAAUCUACCAAUGAGGCUCCUGCUCGUUCCAGAAGUCGAAAAAGAAAGCAGCCAGAGGAGAGUGAACCUGUGAAGAGGUCGACACGCACCGCUGCCAAGUCGGCCUCUGGGAAGAUGAAGGUGAACUCUACAUCAGCUCGUCGUUGGAACAAGGAUGUGGACCGCUCCUUGUACGGCUCUAGGGCUUACGCCUCCAAGAACCCCACCCUGAGCCCCAUCACUGAGAGGUUGUCCUUCAUCAGCCAGUCUCCAGCAGCACAGCAGACUCCAGCCACAGCCACUAAUGAUGAGACAAACAUCAAACCUGACUUGGCAGACGAAACUCAAGCAACAAGUGACCUCACUGUGACAAACACCCUUGAAGUUCCUUCAGAAGAUUCCCUCACAUCUCUAAACUCCAGUAAAGUAAGUACGACGAGAAGGGGCAGGAGGCUGUCAGGGACAAAGGUCAGAGGGAAAGGAAUAAAGAAGAUAAAUGUGAGAGCUGCUGAGGAGAUCCUGUUAACUGAGGAGACUACGAACCAGGCUGGAGGACUGACUGAGGAGCACUGUGAAGACCAAACCACUACAAGCACUGAAGCAUCAGGAGAGGAAACCCCACUGAACCAUACUGCACAUGAUCAGGGAGCUGAGACUGAACCUGAUACCCAAAAUGCUGCAGACUCAGAGAGAAAUCUAGAAUGUUUUGAUGCACCAACUUCAAACUGCCAACCUUUGACUGAAGAAUCCCUCAUCACUCUAAGUCCACCAUCAGAAAUAACCCAGAGAAAAUACAAUCGGGGCAGGAGGAGCUCUUUAUACAAGUCAGCCCCAACAGAGCAGGAGAACCAGGCCAAGGAGCCCCCAGUGAGCCAUGACAUACAGGAGUCAGUGAAGGGAGACCAAGCAGCUAAUCAGGAGGAAAACAACAAGCCCAGUUCUGAGAGUCAGGAAGAGGGUGAAGUAGUAAAGCUGGAUCUUGCUCCCUGGCAGGUUGAAUUUAACUUUGAGGAUGUAUUCAAACCUGUGGCCAGCAGAGGGCAGCGUUCAGUCCGCCGCAGCCUGAGGAACCGAAACACCAGCAACAGUGAAGGACUCGCCUGGCUGCCCUGGACCUCCCCUGAGUCCUCUAAAGAGACCCGCAGGAGGACUAGGGGUCGCCGCCUCAGUGCUGCUCUACCUGUCCAAUGUGCAGUCUCUGAGGAGGAGGUGCCAAACGGCGAGUCAUGAGACUUUAAGAUGACCACAAGGGAAACUGUAUGCUUGAAUGAACUGAGUUUAAUGUGGGAGAAUUCAAACAUUUACUCCAUACCUUUUACAUACCAUAAAAUCUGGAUUGUAAUUUUCACCAGUAUUUAAGACACAGUCUGGUUUUAGGGGUCUCCCCUGUUUUUCUGCACUCAACAACAUGCAGUUCCUGUGAAGCUGUUUAGCUCUCACUGUUAUAUCUGUGGAAUUUGUACUCCUGCAAGCUGUAAAACAAUAGUAGGGCUCUCAGCUAGGGCUGGGCAAUACAGACCAAAAAAAAAAAUCAUAUCUUAAUAUUUUUUAGCUGAACAGCAUGCACAACACGAAUCUUAUGUUCUUUUUUCCAGCAGAGAAAUAAUAGAUGGUUGUCACGAUACCAGAAUUUUAAAUUUUGACAUGAUUCUUGUAAAUGUCAAACCCUUUUAAACCUUUUAAGCCCAUGGAAACAAAAACAGAAGUCCUAGUCAUCCAACAUUCGGAGUUUUUUAUUUUUUAUUAUCAAAGAUUGCAGACAGACCCCUACACACUGUCGACUUUGUGCAAAAACAUUGGCGACAUAUCUAUACUUUGAGGUUGUCAAAAUGUUCUAUACCAUUAAAGGGGUAUUUUGCUAUUUUUUAAGUUUUGUUUUAUAAGCUAAUGGCAUUAGCCUCCAGACAUUUUAGUGUUCGUUGCAGCACAACAGAAGGGUACAGUUGCUCCUUGUAAUUUAAGAUGAUUUGGGUAAAAAUGGCCAAAAUAUGAUGUUAGUUCAAAUGUACGUUACAUAAAAAACUUAUUGCAGUAUUUUAUUUUUCUCCCAGAAUCCCUCUGUGUUUGGCAUAAUUUUGCGCUGCAACGUCGGCGACUGUUCCCUCUCCUCAGCGUGUUGUCAUCUCUUAAUCACCUGUUGGUCUGCGGGCUUUUACAGAGGCAAAAAUAAAUUUAUCUUUAAUAAAACCUGUUAUUUCAGCUCAUUUUUCCACUACAACAGCUGACACAUUGUUUUGAUAGGGUAAGUGUGUUGUGCUAUCUGUAGCUUGUCUAAUUAUCAGCCUUUAGAAGAAGAAAGCCAAGGUGUACACUGAUUUUGAUGACAAAUUUCAAUUCAGGAAGGAUGCUAAUGCUAUCACCACUACUCAGGGUUCCUACACAUCCUUGAAAAGUCUUAAGAUGAACUUUUGAAAUUCAAGGCCAUAAAAAGUUUAACGUCUUAUUUUUCCUUUUGAGAGGGCUUUAAUUUCCGAUUGCACUUUCACUAAGACAUGCCUGUCAUUUACUAGCCAAUAUAUUUGAAUUUAUUUUUCUUUUAUGCAUGCUCACACAGGGAUUAGCAACAUUUACAGCAGUGCAGCCUGUAUGUAGCCUACCUGUUUUAACUAUCCAGAAACAGCUUAGCACAACAACUAAGAUGUGUUACGAUAAAUAUCACUCUGUGCUUUAUCAAUAUCCAUCAAUAUCAAUAUAUAGAUGGAAUAGAGGCAUUUAAUGUGCCAGAAAUGAUCAAUUUGAGGAUUCAUGCCAAAAAAAAUAUUUGCCCUGUAUCAUUAGACAUUUCAUAAACUGCAAUAGAACAGAAAACUCAGCUCUUGUCCAGCAUACAGAGAACUCACAUUUUCUCUUUUUUGACUGUCUGCUGUGUACUAAUUCUUCUCAGUUCAGGUUAUAAAGUCUUAGAUUUGAUUGUAAAAAGUUUGACGGAACCCUGGCUAUUACCAAGUACCUUAUACAACCCAACUUUAACAAUAUUGAAAUACCCAUUUAAAUAUGUUUCAAAAGAAAAUUGUUUUAUACAGCAGUAGUGUCAAAAAAUACUGACACUUUAGGAUCUUCAGUCAUAAAUUCUAACCAAAAGAACGAGAGAGGCUGCUCUUUAAAUCGCACAAGUAUGCUGGCAGCAGAGCAAGGGGAACUCUUGUUUCUCACUCGUUCCAUCCACUUUCCAAAUGUUGCUGAUGCAUUUGCACAAUUUAGACAAUGUGCAUGAUUUUAUGUGUAGUUUUUGAUCAUUUAAAACAAAUAGCCAAAUGCCUGGCAUCUAGGGCAUCUUUUUUUGUUUCUGGUAAAAGUAUGGUUUGAUUUUUACUUGAUUACCCCCAUUAAGACUGGACAUUUCAAAUAGAUUAUCUUGUGUUAAAUAGGCAUAUCACUCCUUGUAAAUCUCUCUGUAAAUCUUUUACUGGGGAUUACACAUGGCAUCUUUUUUUAAUCACCAAGCUUUGUUGAUAAAUAUUUGCUAUCUUACCAUGUUUCAGGUUUGAAAAUAUAAGUCUCAAACUUGCUGUAUUGUCCAGCCCUACUCUCAGCCUAGGAUGAUGCUUGUGCUGUACAGACCUGCAGACUGUCAGUUGGACUUUCCACCUCUGCUGGUCAUCUGCUGUCUCUAAUUGAUGAGACUUUUCAAUCAAGCCCGCACUGGACAAGGUUGAUUUUCUUAACAGUAUACCCCCGUUUUCUUCCAUGCAGAAUGAGGAAGAUAGGCUGACCUUCAUUGGCUGCCUUGAAAGGGGGUAAACUGUCUGUAGCGUCAGGUAUUAUGAGUGAUAGAAGCAGUUGCACCAAUGCACAGGAUGCAGCCAAUGUUUUAGAAAAAUAGGUUUAAAAAGGAUGUCUUUUAAGCCAGAUUUUACGGUACCUACCCUGUUUUAUUACCAUUAAAAGAAAGGAUUACUGAUCAUUUUA